AGCGGCUUUGAAGUGGGACAUGGUGCAGACCUAGACGCAAUCAGGAUUGGUUUUGGAUGCAAGACUGCAAACAAACCUGUGUGGAGUAGAGUAGGUUAUGUGCAAUGCUUUAAUUAGUGAUCCUUUACUGGUCUAAUGCACCUUUUCUACAGUGGAAUAAAGAGAGGUAAUUAGGAAACGAGUGGAUUUUAAAGAAGGAGCGGUGAAGAGAUCUAAGGGCAGUGAGUAGUGAAGGCUGCAGGUUUAAAGGUACUGUAGACCUUCAGGCUGGCGAUGGUGGGGAGGCUUAAUUUGCGCAAUGUGUGUGAUGAAGACCUGCUGGAGAUGAAUCUGAAAGCUGAGCGAUUGCUGGACAGUCCAGACUCUGGUCUGCCUCCCAGUCCCAGUGUGAGCCCAAGCCCAUGGCUGAGUGGGGAUAGGAGCACCACCAGCUCCGUGUGUGGGGAUGAGAGCAGAGCUGGGACUCCUGCUGUGGGUCCUCUUAAGCAUGUUAGGCGUGUUUCACAAUUGCACCCAUUUUCCUAUGGUGAAGGAAUUGAACUUGAUCCUCUGCCCCCAAAAGUAUUAAGAUACACAGCAUCAGUGCGCUAUGACUCAGAUCGUCACUACAUCCAGGAUGUGUGUUUACAGCCCACAGGUUUUGGCCUGGAGUUGUGCAGCCAGACCAUCAUGGCUAUCUCAGAGAGCACGUGGAGGAGAUAUAAGACCCAGUUGGAGUUUGAACCCCGUCAGCGGGUGCAGCGCUACCGGAGCACCACCAUCGUGUACCCCAAACACGCCAGGACCCUGUACACCACACAGCUCAGCUAUGAUGAACACAAGUUGGCCAAGCGCUUCCUGUCCAGUGUGGAACUAGAGGUGUCUGAGUGUAAGACCAAUCAAUGUUGAAGGAAGAGUCUUUUUGGGAGAAAUGUGAACAAGCUGUAUCCAUCUUUAUUUCCUAAAAACCAUGUUCACCAUUGAGGGUAUUUAGAACUGGAUGGGUGGAAUUGCCAAACUGUCUGUUAAUGGUUUAAUUAGCAUGUUUUUAGAUGGGUGGAGCAUCUGGAGGUUUGGAUGGGUUUUAAUGUUACGGCUAUACAGAUGUAUUACCUAUUCUAUGUAAUGCUUGCAAUCCUGUUGGUUUUAAGAUUCUGCUCAGUGAUCUGUCACUUGAUGAAAGUUUUGUUCAUGUAGUGGUACCAUGCUCUGAAAAAACCAGAAGAGCUGUCAGUGAAACAUGGUGAUGAAACAGGAAAGGCAUGAAAGCGUUGCACUCAUUUCAACAUAUUACAAAUGUUCAGAAUUUUACUUAAUGGUGUGUCCAUGCUAGGUUUUCACUGAUGUCCAACCUCAAAAUUCAAACGUUACAUGCCUCAAUCUGUAAUGGUUUUCUUGAGGUGUGGGAUGGUGUGAAGUGUUGCACAGUCAUGUAGGUGAGAACAGGUAUAUGGAUGCCUGAAACAAGAUCCAGUCGAAUAGGCUGAUGGAGGUUGUCUAUGGCUACUACUGUAAGUUCACAUUUGGGCUUAACUUUUUUUUUCCCCUUUCCCUCUGUUCACGUUAUCUAUUCAGGUUUUUUAAAUACAUUUUGCAUCAAGAAUAUAAAACUGAUUUUGAUUUUAGCUUUUUAAAACUUCUUUUUUAAAGUGCACUGUUGCAGCCAGAAUGAGGAAGAUAAAGGCUUAUUCUGAGAGGAACUGAAGUGUUGCAUGUUCUGAAUUGCAGAACUUGCAGCUUUUUUUUUUUUUUUUUUUGCAAUGAUCAAUUGAGAACUCAAUUCAUGGCUCAAUGUAUUUAUAUUAAGGGCAGAAUUUCCAUUGAAGUAAAGUAUGUAAGUGCAACAAAAGGCAAAUAGUAGCAGGCUUAUCUUAAACUGAAAUAUGUAGAUUUACAAACCUAAUUUAUUGUGGUAACAUGGACAUUGUGUAAAUAUGCAAAAGUUACAUGUUUUACUUGAGUGGAAGUUCUGCCCUUAACUUUUAAUAUGAUCAAUUAAUUAUCUUUUUCAGUGCUUCAGCUUAGUCAUGUAUAGAUAUAUAAAAUCACUGCAGUAUAUUUAUUUAAAGCUUUAAGUGUUUUGACUGUACAUGAGUACUUCAGCUGUGCCUUAUUCAGCUGUUCACCAUUGAUUUUAAUCUUUGAUUUUAUUAAAGUUCAGACUGAAAUCAAAAUUAAAUGUUUGGGUUUUUUAUAUAAAUCAAUCUGAUUUUAAUAUGCAGGCUUCAAAGCAUAACUGAUAUGAAUUAUAUUGUAAGCAGUGAGGUUAGCACUUUUCAAAUGGACAAGCAAACCAACCAUGAACUUGGCUGUAACUCUUUAUCGCCCCCUAGAGGUAA